AUGUCUUUGACACAUAAUUAUCAAAAAUUUCAAUUCCAAUCGGAUCAAGGCAGUGACAACAUAGAUGGCAUGGAAAAGGCACACAAUAAGUUGACCAAAAAACAAUUGGCGGCGACUGAUGUAAAGAACUCAAACCACGAUAGCAAAGCAACAACAACAACAUCUAAAUCAGUUAUGGCCUCAAAGAAAAAACUCAAUGAAUGGAAAAACCUGCAACAACAAAUGUCACACGAUUCAACAACAAGAACACUACCACCUCAAGGAACACAGGACGCAUCAGCAGCAGCAGCAGAUACGCACAAUAAUACCAUCUACAAUGAUGAUGGUCGUGAUGAUGCCAAGAAGCAAACACCCGCCUCAAUAGAAUAUCUAACCCACAAUGCUAUGGACAAUUGUUUCGGCAAUGCCGAUGGAAGUUGUUCCUCCACCAAAUUGGGAGCCAACAACUAUGAGGCAGCAACAAUUGUCAAUAUUGAUAUAUUCGAUGAUCAGCUGAGUACGAGUAGCCUUAGCAACACCAGUCGUUUUUCGUGUGAAAAUGCACCAUUGGCUACCACAACACCACCGAUUAGUUUAAAUGGUGUUAUCGAUACAAAUUUAAUGCAUUUCUCUCAUAGUGUGGGAUCAACGGCAUCUGCGGGAAAGUCGGGUAGUGUGGAAAAGAAGGAAAACAGCGAGGAGGAGGAACACAAUAAUCCGACAACAAAUUCCUCUUCCAGUUUAUCCUCAAAACCCUACCGUGGUCGUCGACAUCGCAACACCGAAAACGAUUAUGAGGACGAUGAUUAUGAUGGCAACAGCAGCAGUAAUGGCAGCGCCGGAUCCUUAAAUAUAUUCAAUAAUAAUAAUCAUCAUCAUCAUAAUCCUCAUCACCAGUCGCCAGUGAUGUCGCAGCAGCCGCCUCAACAGCAGCAGCGUCACCCUCAUCAGCAAAUGCAUCUGGCAACAGUGGCAGCAACGCCUGAUCAGCAACACCCGCAGUUGCCAUCCCAUUCGUCAACGCACGAGCGAAAGAAUGGCGAAUUGACUGGCAGUAAUAAUCCGAUUAAUAGUUUUAAUAUUCUCAAUAAUAAGUGA